CUCCGCCAUGGCCCAUGGAGUCCUGCUGCUUCCCCUGCUGCUGCUGCUGGCCUUCCCCUGCCCCAGCUGCCAAGACAAUGAACUGAAGCUAAACAUGGUCCACUACGAGUGCGUGUGCGAGGGCAUGUCCUGCGGGAACGGGGACCGCUGCCAGGGCCAGCAGUGCUUUGCCUCCCUCAGCAUUAACGACGGUGCUAAGGUUUACCAGAAGGGCUGCUUCCAGGUCUACGAGCAAGGGAAGAUGACGUGCAAGACGCCUCCCUCUCCCGACCAAGCUGUGGAGUGCUGCCAGGGGUACCUCUGCAACAUGAACAUCACCGCCCAGCUGCCCUCCUCCAGAGGACAAACGUUUCAAGGAGAAGCUGCAGGUUACAGCAUGGAAACACUAAUCAUCGUUAUCCUGGCUCCCGUGAUGGUGCUGAUAGUUUUCUCUGCAGUCGCUGUGCCGGUCAUCCGGAGAAUACAGAAAAACCACAUGGAGAGGCUCAACUCUCGGGAUGCAGAGUAUGGGACAAUCGAGGGCCUCAUUGCCUCCAACGUUGGGGACAGCACGUUGGCAGAUUUAUUGGACCAUUCCUGCACAUCUGGAAGUGGUUCUGGACUUCCUUUCUUGGUGCAAAGAACGGUGGCUCGCCAGAUCACACUUGUGGAGUGUGUAGGAAAGGGCCGUUAUGGAGAAGUUUGGAGGGGUCAGUGGCAAGGAGAAAAUGUUGCUGUGAAGAUCUUCUCUUCUAGGGAUGAAAAAUCCUGGUUCAGGGAAACUGAAUUGUACAACACUGUAUUGCUGCGGCACGAAAACAUUUUAGGUUUUAUUGCAUCUGAUAUGACUUCCAGGAACUCUAGUACCCAGCUGUGGCUGAUCACCCACUACCACGAGAUGGGCUCUCUGUAUGACUACCUGCAGCUCACCACGCUGGACACGGUCAGCUGCCUGCGCAUCGUGCUCUCCAUCGCCAGCGGGCUCGCACAUUUGCACAUCGAGAUUUUUGGAACCCAGGGGAAGCCUGCCAUUUCUCACCGGGACUUGAAGAGCAAAAAUAUCCUCGUCAAGAAAAAUGGGCAGUGCUGCAUAGCAGAUUUAGGCCUUGCAGUAAUGCACUCCCAAAGCACCAAUCAGUUGGACGUGGGGAACAACCCCCGAGUGGGUACCAAGCGCUACAUGGCCCCGGAGGUGCUGGACGAGAGCAUCCAGGCAGACUGCUUCGACUCCUACAAAAGGGUCGACAUCUGGGCCUUUGGGCUGGUCCUGUGGGAGGUGGCCAGGCGCAUGGUUAGCAACGGUAUUGUGGAGGACUAUAAGCCACCCUUUUAUGAUUUGGUUCCGAACGACCCCAGUUUUGAAGACAUGAGGAAAGUGGUCUGUGUAGAUCAGCAACGGCCCAACAUUCCCAACAGAUGGUUCUCAGACCCUACACUAACAUCCCUUGCCAAGCUGAUGAAAGAGUGCUGGUACCAGAACCCGUCAGCGAGACUAACAGCCCUGCGAAUCAAAAAGACUUUGACCAAAAUUGACAAUUCCUUAGAUAAACUGAAAGCUGACUGUUGACCUUCUUCUCGUGGUGCUCUCCUGGAGGAAGGCAGGUCUCUGGCCCAGGAGCAGCCUGGCUGGUGGCUGACAGGAGCAGUCCCCAUGUGGCAGAAGCUCUUGCCGAGCCCCUGGCGGGGACACGUUGGACUCUGCUCAGUGACUACGAGGGGCAUUUCACCGAGGGUCAAGCUCUAAGGACUCACCUGGAUGUACUGUUGCAAAGGUAGUGGCCUGAAGGAAGACAGAGAAAUCCUAAGACAAGAUCAGGGCAUUAAAUAAUGGCUUUGAACAGCUUUUUUUUUUUUCUUUUUAUUUC